AUGAUGGAACCCGAGUUGAUUCAGCAGUUGAGAGUAGAUGACCCCAUGGAGGAGCCCGAGCUUAAUCUGGAUGGACUUCAGAUCAAGUCGAUUCAAGUACUGUUAGAGCCACCCAAAUCAGUACCUGGAGGCGAUGAUGAAGACGAUGAUGGCUUCUAUUCACCUUUGGAUCACUUCCAGAACCUUGUCAGAUUGAGCAUGAGCAGUGCACAAUGCCAGAGUCUAGAGUCAUUCCCUCAUCUGCCCUUGUUACGAUCGCUGAUGUUGGCAGACAAUGAGCUUUCUUCGGGAUUUGAAGCAUUGGCCGAAGCAGAUUUACAGAGCUUACUACGCUUAGAUCUUAGUGGAAAUAAGAUUACAGAUUUAUCUGUCCUGGCACCUUUGGAUGCCCUCGGAAAUUUGCAGCAUUUGAUGUUGGCAGAAAACGAGGUGGCGAACCAAGAAAACUAUCGUGAUGCGGUAUUCGAAAUCCUGCCGCAACUAAUUACAGUUGAUGGACUGGACAGAGAUGGUACUGAGCUCGACGUCGACGUUGAUGACGACGAAGCCGUUUCGGUUGACGAAGGCGGUCAUUAUGUACAGGAAUAUGAAUCGCAGAGCGAUUCUGAGCUUGAAGAUCAGGAGAACCGCCCACCUGCUGGCAGUGGCAAAUCAACUGGAAGAAAACAUCACGUUGAUGAGGACGAGGACGAGGAUGAGUACGACGAUGAGCUUGAUAACGAUGAGGACGAGUCUGAUGGUGCGUAUCCAUCGCAUAAGCGUCGCAGACAGUCACCGGGGUCAGGUUCAGACUCUGAGGAGGAUGAAGAUGAUGAAGAUGAGCCAGAAUCAAGAAUUUAUGCAGAAGGUGAAGAGGAGGAGGAGGAGGAGGAGGAGGAGGAGGAAGGAGGUCAUGAAGAUGAUGAUGAAGAGGAAGAAGAGGAAGGUCCUGGAUUGGCUAUGUUGAUGCAGGGCGAUAUUCCUGAUGGUGCUGAUGAUAAUGAUGAAGAGUUUGAGCCUGGUAAUGAGGCUGAGGAGGAGAGCGAGAUCGAGUCCUCUGAUGAAGAAGAGUUUGGCGGUGCAGCUGGAUCAAGUAAUAAUAACCAUCAUCAUAGCCACAGCGACAAUAACGGCAACAACGGAGCUGUAUUAACAGCAAUGGAUCCUGCAUCUGUGAUUGCUGCUGCUAUGGCUGCACCAUCGUCAUCAUUUAUGGGAGACAGUGACAGCAACACGAAUGGCCAUCUUAAACGUCCACGGUCACCUACACUAUCUGGAUCAACAGAGUUUGACCAUGCAGCAGCAGUAGCAGGAUAUGACGUUGAGGGCGAUGAUGUUAAUGCAGGAUUCGAUAUGGUCUCGUUUGAUGGACCCGCUUCAUUUGAUGAUGAUCCAACUCAUGAAGCCAAGAGAUCCCGCACGUAG